AUGAUCAUACCAAUGCUCAAGAAUCUCUCAACAGACCAGAAACAUUACGCUAAAAUUGAAACUCUGAAUGCACUUACCAGAGCAACUAAAUAUUCACCACAAAAUUUUAUACCGCCUAGAGUCAGAUCCGCUAUGUCUCAAUAUCAAUCAUCAUCAUCAUCGUAUUCAUCUUACAACCCAAAUACGCCAUCACCCUACUCAAAUACUAUCCGUCAAUCUCCUUCUCCCCAAAUUUACCAAUACUCACCAUCUUUUCCUCAAUCUCCGCCUGAUCCGUCUCCUCAAACACAAUACACACCAUCUCGUAAUUCAACUGUCAUUCCUCAAUCUCCACCUGAUCCGUCUCCUCAAACCCAAUACACACCAUCUCGUAAUCCAACUGUCAUUCCUCAAACUCCGCCUAAUCCGUCUCCUCAAACCCAAUACACACCAUCUCGUAAUUCAACUGUCAUUCCUCAAUCUCCGCCAGAUCCGCCUCCUCAAACCCAAUACACACCAUCUCGUAAUUCAACUGUCAUUCCUCAAUCUCCGCCUGAUCCGUCUCCUCAAACCCAAUACACACCAUCUCGUAAACCAACUGUCAUUCCUCAAUCUCCGCCUGAUCCGUCUCCUCAAUCCCAAUACUCGCUGUCAAAUUUUCCAAAUACUUCAUUUAAUCAUUCUACAUUCGUAGUAGAGGGGAAUGGUUUUGACAUGAAAGAUUAUAUUUUAUUUAAAUAA